GCGGAGCCAGGCCCGCUGCCGUCCCCGCCGCCCGGGCCCCCGGCAUGCAGCUCCGGCUGCGGAGGUGACACUCUCGGACCCGAGCCGCCGCCGCCAUCGCCACCAUGGAUGAACAAGAGGCAUUGAACUCAAUCAUGAAGGAUCUGGUGGCCCUCCAGAUGAGCCGACGUCCCCGGGUAUCUGGAUAUGAGACCAUGAAGAACAAGGACACAGGUCACCCAAAUCGGCAGAAAAAACACAACAGCAGCAGCUCAGCCCUUCUGAACAGCCCCACAGUAACAACAAGCUCAUGUGCAGGGGCCAGUGAAAAAAAGAAAUUUUUGAGUGAUGUCAGGAUCAAGUUUGAGCACAAUGGGGAGAGGCGAAUUAUAGGAUUUAGCCGUCCUGUGAGAUAUGAAGAUGUGGAGCACAAGGUGGCAGCAGUAUUUGGACAACCUCUUGAUCUACAUUAUAUGAACAAUGAGCUUUCCAUCCUGCUGAAAAACCAAGACGAUCUUGAUAAAGCAAUUGACAUUUUGGAUAGAAGCUCAAGCAUGAAAAGCCUUAGGAUAUUGUUGCUGUCCCAGGACAGAAACCAUACCAGCUCCUCUCCCCACUCUGGGGUGUCCAGGCAGGUGCGGAUCAAGGCUUCCCAGUCCGCGGGGGAUAUAAAUACCAUCUACCAGCCCCCUGAGUCCAGAAGCAGGCACCUCUCUGUCAGCUCCCAGAACCCUGGCCGAAGCUCACCUCCCCCUGGCUAUGUGCCUGAGCGACAGCAGCACAUUGCCCGACAGGGGUCCUACACCAGCAUCAACAGUGAGGGGGAGUUCAUCCCAGAGACCAGCGAACAGUGCAUGCUGGAUCCCCUGAGCAGUGCUGAAAAUUCCUUGUCAGGCAGCUGCCAGUCCUUGGACAGGUCAGCAGACAGCCCAUCCUUCCGGAAAUCGCGAAUGUCCCGAGCCCAGAGCUUCCCAGACAACAGGCAGGAGUACUCUGAUCGGGAGACACAGCUCUACGACAAAGGGGUCAAAGGCGGCACCUACCCCCGGCGCUACCACGUGUCAGUGCACCACAAGGACUACAGUGAUGGCAGAAGAACAUUUCCCCGAAUACGGCGUCAUCAAGGCAACCUGUUCACCCUGGUGCCCUCCAGCCGCUCCCUGAGCACAAAUGGAGAGAACAUGGGUCUGGCUGUGCAAUAUUUGGACCCUCGUGGGCGCCUGCGGAGUGCAGACAGUGAGAAUGCCCUCUCUGUGCAAGAGAGGAAUGUGCCAACCAAAUCUCCUAGUGCCCCGAUCAACUGGCGCCGAGGGAAGCUCCUAGGCCAGGGUGCUUUUGGCAGGGUCUAUUUGUGCUAUGAUGUGGACACGGGACGUGAACUUGCUUCCAAGCAGGUCCAGUUUGAUCCAGACAGUCCUGAGACAAGCAAGGAGGUGAGUGCUCUGGAAUGCGAGAUCCAGUUGCUGAAGAACUUGCAGCAUGAGCGCAUCGUGCAGUACUAUGGCUGUCUGCGGGAUCGAGCUGAGAAGACCCUGACCAUAUUCAUGGAGUACAUGCCAGGGGGCUCAGUGAAAGACCAGUUGAAGGCCUAUGGAGCCCUGACAGAGAGUGUGACCCGAAAGUACACGCGGCAGAUCCUGGAGGGCGUGUCCUACCUGCACAGCAACAUGAUUGUUCACCGGGACAUCAAGGGAGCCAACAUCCUCCGAGACUCUGCUGGGAAUGUGAAGCUGGGGGACUUUGGGGCCAGCAAACGCCUGCAGACCAUCUGCAUGUCAGGGACGGGCAUGCGCUCGGUCACCGGCACACCCUACUGGAUGAGCCCUGAGGUGAUCAGCGGCGAGGGCUACGGAAGGAAGGCAGACGUGUGGAGCCUGGGCUGUACCGUGGUGGAGAUGCUGACAGAGAAACCACCUUGGGCAGAGUAUGAAGCUAUGGCUGCCAUUUUCAAGAUUGCCACCCAGCCCACCAAUCCUCAGCUGCCCUCCCACAUCUCUGAACAUGGCCGGGACUUCCUGAGGCGCAUUUUUGUGGAGGCUCGUCAGAGACCUUCAGCGGAGGAGCUGCUCACACACCACUUUGCACAGCUCGUGUACUGAGCUCUCAAGGCCGCGCUGCUGCCAGCCGCUCCUGCCGCACAGGCAAGGAGCUGCUGCGGGGCACAGUGGAGUUGCUGCUGCUCCCAGGCAAGGCUGUGCACCGUGCGCUGCAGUCAGCCAGCGUCUGCCUGUGCCCCUUCUGCCACGGGGCUCAGAGCCAGGGUGGGCGGCGACAGCCUCGAGGACUGGGAGCCCCUAGCCUGCCAGACCAAGAGUUCCAGAGUCCUAAGCUCAGCGUGGAGGGGAAGGGGGCUGGGAACAGCGUGUGAGGCAGCUGUGUCCCGACACUGCAGUGGGCACGGAGCCCAGAGGGUCUGGGGGCAGUGGACUGCAGCCGGUAUGAAUAGUGUUACUUUCAUUCAGAGUGUUAUUUUGUUUCUCCUCCCAAUGUCUGGAGACCACCAGAGCACCUCUGGGCUGGAUGAGUCCACUGAAGCCUGAGGGAGAGCCCAGCACCCCCCGACCAAUGGGAGGCAGAGACUGGGGCUGCCCUCUCCCUUGGAGCUCCCCAGGUCAGCUUUGCCAGUCCUUGGCCUUUACCAAAGAUGAACGGAGCAAACGUAUGCUGCCUUAUUCAGGGAAGGAGGUGCCUGUCCUGCCUGACCCCCAAAGCAGGGGCCUGAGACAUGGAACUGUCCCCACUGAGGGGGACAACCUGGUUUCGUCAAUGCAAUUGUCUGUUUUCCAAGUUGGAGUCACUCCUAUGCUGUACCCAGUUUCUAAACUGGAGACUGUGUGUUCUCCGGGCUCAGUACCCUGCUGUGGGCAUGGACUUUGGGCUGGACUGGAAAGAGCUGAAGGUAAUGGCCUUAGGGUUCCUGGCCUGGCAUCUGUCCCCCCACUGGAACAGACAGGAGAGUGGCAACACAGUAAGGGCAUCUGGUCCAGCUGGCUGCCCUCAUCCCAGACUGGGACAUUCAGGAGACAAGGAGUUGUGUCAGGCUGGGUCUCACUCUGUCAGGCCAGGGAAAGCCCACGUGCCACCAUCACGUGUGUCCAGAACCGCCAGCUCUGUUCUUCCUUAGCCAGCCGUGCCCAUCCCCGUGAGGUCCCAGUCUCUUUCCCUUCUUGCUCCUCAUCUGGGGGAGGAGAGGCGGUAGGGGGGUGGGAAACAGUAUCUCCAAGCAGCUUAGAGUUGGCCAUAUUUACCUCAGCCUGGGCGCUGGUCCUUUCUUCCGGCCCCUCCCCUCCAAAAUGUGCCUAUUGCUAGAGCUCCUCCCUCUCAACACCCAGUUUCCUUGGGAGUUGUUAUUAAGGAAAGGAAAAAAAAAAAAAAGAAAGCCAGUGCCAGGGCGGGGUGGGCAUCUCCAGGGAGCUGGGGAUUAGCCCUAGGCAGCUCAUUGCCAGCCAUGCCCACAUGCCCACUUCCCCACAGGCACAGAGCAAGCCAAAGCCUUCGUUGUAUGUUGACGAUGCACUUUUAUGAAUGUAGUUUCUAUCGCUGUUUUUAGCCUUUUCACAUCAUGUAAUGUGAGGCCUUGUACUUGUUAAUUUAUAUCUCAGAUCAUAUUGAUGGUUUUUAUAUAUAUCAACUCUAGACUGUUACAGGUGAUGGACGCCUCAAGAGAGAAGAGCAAAUGAAAGCAGCUGGUUUUGCAGAAGUGUGUGUUGCACGGUGCCAUUGGGCCUGGGCCCCUCUGUUUCCCUCUGUCCCUUUUCCCCCAGGGGCCUCUGUCAGACCCCGUCCACUCUCCACUGCCCCGUGAAGACAGUGAGCAUGUGUUCUGCCUCCACGCUGGCCCUUGCCCAGGGUGGGGACUGGCCCCUCAUCUUGACCAAAGCUGCCCUAUGGCAGCUCGGCCUUUCCACAGAUCCAUCCUGACGGCUGUAGCUCUCUCACCAGCCUGUAUCCCAAACCCAGCCCCUGUUCUCCAGAGGAAGCAGUGUGGUGCUGGCUGACGAGAUGAGAUGACUCUGCGUGUCCCAGGUUCAGGCUCUCACAGAGCCCCAGCCCAGGGGUCUUACCUCACAGGGAGAUGUUUGAAAAUGAAUUCAAAAACAAGUCAACAAACCUUGUACUCCAAAACAAAGUAACUCACCCAAACCCAGAUUUUUGUGCCAAAAACUGUGGACAUGCUGGCUCAGCAUCCUCAGGACCAAGAUGUUGCUUAAUUUUAACUUAUUUUUAACUGAUCCAGAUGAAAAUUGUGGGGCUCUAGGGCAGCCUGGGCUCUGAGUUCCAAAGGGCGGUUUCCUAGCAGCCCCCUGCUUGCUGUGGGAAGGGGCCAUGCUGCCAUUUUCUCAUCAUUCCAUGGGGUGUGUCUGCCUUGGCCAACCCCGCACAUCAUGGCCAGGACCCACCUGCCUGUCCCCGUCCCGCCCAGCGCUGUGUCAGUGUCUGAAGUGUGGAUCGUGCAGAGGAACCUGCAGCCAUAGUUAUCUGACUAUACCUUGACCGAGGGCUUGCAGUGCAAAGCCAGGCCAGUGUCGCGCAUUACUUACAAUAAAAGGGAUCAUUUCU